AUGUCUGAAGGGUCGCCAUCAUCCCAAUCGCCACACGUGCCUUCAAGCUCCGAGUCAGACUUUGGUCUUCUCUCUCCCUUCUCGUGUCAGCUCUGCAGGUCACGCAAAUUGAAAUGCGACAAGGUUCUUCCCAUUUGUGGCCGCUGCGCCAAGGUGGGUGAAACAUGCGACUAUCCGUCUGGUCGGAAAAAGCCUGUCAUUAACCCUGCCAUGAGGCCUCGGCUGCGCGAUAUGCAAAGUCGAAUUCGCGAUCUGGAGGCUAGACUAGAGGCUCAGAGUAGCCCACCCGAGCUCAACCCUCUGGACUUCAGUACAGAACUCAUUGACACUGGCCGCUUUGAAGGCUUACCACCUCCGUACCUGGUUGAUGAGCUUACGACGAUAUACUUCACCAAACUCCAGUCUGACUCCUUCAUGAUCCACGGGGAAAGGUACAUUGCGUCUCUAUAUAGGCCCGCACAUAUGCAGCCACCCAUGUGCCUGCAGUACUCUAUCCUGGCGGCUGGAGCAAGUGCAUCUCCUACCUAUAAGCACAUGGCCGAAACCUUUUACGUUCGUGCACGGCAGUAUAUCCAGGCCGAUGAGAUGAAGAGCGAUGCAGAUCAGAUCUCACUAGCCCACUGUCAAGCCUGGGUUCUGAUUAGUCAUUUUGAAGCCCAACACCUCUGGUUCUCAAGAGCUUCCAUGAGCAUAGCCAGAGCCAUUCGCUUGGCGCAAAUUCUUGGUCUUCACCGUCUGGACGGUAAGAAUGCUGCUGGCCUCACGCUACCACUGGCGCUAGACUUUACAGAAGAGGAGGAAAGAAGGCAAACUUUCUGGGUCAUAUUCACUACUGAUAGAAUUACCAGUAGCACGGGGGGCUGGCCUACAAUGAUGGACUGGCGCAGCAUACAAACGCGACUGCCAACAUCUAUGGAUUACUUCCUGUCGAGUACCCCAAUCGCUACUCUGACUCUCAAACAAGCGCUCAAACAAGACAUGUAUGAACUCUCUACCAACGCUUGUAGGGUGGUAGCUGUUCAUCUCUUCAACGAGUGUUUCACCUUUUCCAGAGCUAUCGAGGAGGAUGAAGAUAAUGAUGACUGGGAACAACUUCAACAGCUCGACAAAGGUGUGACAAAUGCUUUCGACACUCUGCCCUUGCACCUGAGAUGUCCUGAGAACAUGGAAAGCCCUGAGGCUGUUCUCAUAAACCUGCAGUUACACACGGCCAUGAUUUGUAUCCACCGCUCGGCCAUGGCACGGUCGCAGAUGGACAUGGCCGCGCUGCCGCACAUCAACUCCCGAGUAAAGGAGUCAGCUCUACAAAUAAUGAUGACAGUGGCGCUGGUCACGGAUCUCAGCACCAGGUUCCGCAAUCCGCUGGUUUCGUUCGCCACAUUCAUUGCCGCGUCGUUCUUCUUGACGGACUUCUUGACGUCCGGUAUGCGUCAAAGUGAGGAGAACUUUACUGCUUUGAUGAGCGUCAUGACCGAGGUAGGGAAGAGUAACAUGUUCGCGGCUUCACUGGCAGUUCGGUUGGCGCAGAAUUUGAGGGCAUCUGGAAUGGAUGUUGGAACUGUGGGACAGGUUGGCGGAUUGUUGGCUGAUCUCAACAUCGAUGCUCCAAUACCUGGACAAGAAGAUGCAGAGAACGGCAUUGUGAUAUUGUGUCCUACGGCAACCACGCCUGAACAGAUAAACUUGGGACAAGAGUUCUUCGUUAUGUGA